UAAGCCCGCGGAGUUUCCGCGUCCUGUGACUGCAGUCAGGUGGUGGCUGGGGUUCCCUUCUCCCUUCCUCUCUCUGUCCUGCUCCGUCUUCCCCCGCCCGGGGAGGGCCGGCCCUGCAGGGAGCCGGCUGGAGAAAGUUGGAGGAAAGUUGCUAGCUGGGAAAGUUUAGAAGCGGGAGAGUCGCGGCCCCGGCAGCCCGGCCUCUCCGCCGCACUCCACGGGAGGGAGGGCCGAGGAUGGCCGGCGGGGAAGGAGCGGGCUCCGGCGUGCCGGAGUGUCGGGAGCACCUCUUCAAGGUGCUGGUGAUCGGGGAGCUGGGUGUGGGGAAAACCAGCAUUAUCAAGCGGUACGUGCACCAGCUCUUCUCCCAGCACUACCGGGCCACUAUCGGCGUGGAUUUCGCGCUCAAAGUCAUCAAUUGGGACAGCAAGACCCUGGUGCGGUUGCAGCUCUGGGAUAUAGCAGGCCAGGAGCGCUUUGGAAAUAUGACCAGAGUAUACUACAAAGAGGCAGUUGGUGCUUUUGUGGUCUUUGAUGUCACAAGAGGCUCCACUUUUGAGGCUGUUUCAAAAUGGAAGCAUGAUUUGGACAGUAAAGUACUACUUCCCAAUGGCAGCCCCAUCCCUGCUGUUCUUCUUGCAAACAAGUGUGACCAGAAGAAAGAUGGCAGCCAGAAUCCCUCUCAGAUGGACCAGUUCUGCAGAGAAGGUGGCUUUGUUGGAUGGUUUGAAACAUCUGCCAAGGACAACAUCAACAUAGACGAAGCUGCUCGAUUCUUGGUGGAAAACAUCCUUGCCAACUACAAAACCUUUCCUAAUGAAGAGAAUGAUGUGGGGAAACCAAAACUGGACCUAGACCCAUUGAAAGCAGAGAGUAAAUCACAGUGCUGCUAAUGCUACCACUGUUAAGUAAAUGUGAUGGAAUGAGCAGCAAGACUGUUCCUUAAAUCAAAAUGCUGCUAUGGUGCUGCGUUGUGACAAUCCAUAUGGGGUGUCUGGUACUAUCUGAAUUGGUGACUUUGGGUGUUUACAUAUUCUUGUUUAGCAUGAAACUGUGUAUCUUGUGCAUUAUCAUUCCACUUGCUUAAGCGACUGCAUCUAAGUCUGAUUAGCAUCUUCUUACUUGAGAACAUAAGAUAGUGUUUAUACUCCUAAAAAGGAACAAAGACAACAUUCAGUGCUUCUAUGACAUAUGCUACAUUCCAAAUAGGACUCACUUGUCAAGGUUUUAGCUGAAUAGACACUUGCACCUCUAAAGUAAACUUUUCCUUUGUCACCAGUAAUGUCCCACUUUAGCCUUCUCACCUGCACAACUGUCCCUAUUUAUUAUCCCCCACUGUGAGGGUCUGUCUCAUUGCUAGUUGUCCUGGACUGAAACAUCCUAGAAAUCUUGAAGGGGCCAAUGACAGAUGGGAGGUAUCUUUCCUACUGUGAUCACUAGGACUGAAUGGAAUAGAUGGCUUUUACCACUAAGUAAAACCAAGAUGGUUAAAUUAUUGUAUUUAACAAGGGAAAGACGGGGGGGAGAUACUAACAAAAAUGCAUCUCCAGCCAUUUAAGGCAGAAUAUUUUCAGCUAAUGCUUUUACAUAUGAAACACAUUAAUGAUACAAUUGUACUGCUGGCACAUAGUUAUGGUAAACUCACCUGUGUGCACAUCCAGAAAUAAACAUUCAGUGACUUUUUCAUGCACUAACACCGAAAACUUUACCAAGAGCGCAAAAAGUACGUACUUUACUAUCCUGUGAUAAUGAACUUCCUUCUUGCUUCUUCUAUACUGAGAUGGUUCUGAAUACCAUGAGGAAGGAGAGACGUCUUCAAGGAAAUAGCUUAAUUGGUUCAUGCUAGCCUGUCAACCCCCCUGCCCCAAGCUCUAUCUCUUUCAGUUUUAGAACAGUGCUGUGCUCUUUUGCCUACUUUGAACUGAUGAACUGGCUUACCAGUUUGUAACUGUAUACUGAGGUGCUUAUUUCUUUGUUAUAACACUCAUGCAUUUUUGGCAGCAAAUGAAGAUCAAAAGGAUUAGAGAGAUUUCAUGGUUCUUGAAUGCAUUCUAGAACUCUGGCUCUGCCUGGCUCAAAGGCUUUGAAGCACCUCUUUGUAUUAAGGGUUUCUUCUGUCCCAGUACCUCAUUGCUACUGACUUCAGAAGUCUUAUCUUGCUUGGUUUGAUGGUACUGAUGUUUACUUAAACAUCAGAAUUAAGUAUGUGCAGGAUUUGAUAUACUUUAAUCUGCAUUGAGAUUUCUUAGGCUUUUUUUCUAAAGAGUAAUGUACUUUUUAAGAGAUAAAUGAAUAAAUAUUUUGGGGCAUCUUA